AUUUACUUCCAUCCAGACAUUAAAUGUCACUUCUAUUUGAUAUGUUUGCCAGAUUUAGAGACAUUCUAAAGUCUGCGUAUAGUUACAAGGAAGCACUUGAGCGGGAAAAUUUGACACAGGAAACUGUAAAUUUGUUGAGAGAUAAACUCAAAAGUUCAAAAGUUGUGCCUCAAUCUUUGGCUGACAAACAGCUGAUCUUUUUUCUAACCACGUACAAGAAUGACGUUGAUAAAAGUGCGGCACUACUUGAAAGCUGCUACAAACUUAAACGAUCAGCACCGGAAUUUUUUAAAGAUCGUGAUGUUGACGCAAAAGAUAUCCAGAACUGUCUAGACAAUCAAUACUACAUCACACUUCCUGUAACACCUGACAAUCACAUGCUUAUUUAUCAUAGUCUUAAGAAUAAUGACCCAAAUAGUUACAAUUUUGACUCAGCUGCAAAGACUUUUAUCAUGAUGAAUGAAGCAUACAACUACUAUCAUGGACCACGACCGGAGGUAAUUUAUUUGUUCGAUUUGAAAGGCUUGAGUUUUCGUUUUCUUUUCAAGCCAAGCGUUUCAACAAUGAGAAAAGGAAUUAAAUUUCUUGAAGGAGGAAUGCCUUACAACAUCAAAGCAGUUCAUGUUUUCAAUACAGUUUCGUUCUUUGAUUGGAUAAUCGCAAUCGUGAAACCACUGCUAAACUCAGAACUUCUAGAAAAGCUCCAUCUACACCACUCAGACCUCGACUAUGAUAAAUUCCAUGAGCAAUAUGUCCCAAAAACUCAUUUACCAAAAGAAUAUGGUGGAACUUUAGGAACACUAGAAGAAUUACAGCAACAAAGCAGAGAACGACUAAUGAACCUCAAAGACUACUUCAUCUACGAAGAACAACAAUCAAAUUUCGAAUUUGAUCAAUUUGUGGACGAGCAUCUUUAUGAAAUUCAAAAUGUUGAUUAAAAAAUUUAAUAAAUCAAUUUAUUUUACAAGCUUUUUGAUUGAAAUUUCUUUUAAUUAC